GUAUAGUACACUGACUAUCGCCACGCGUCCCAUAAUGCUCUACGAGACCGUUGACAACACGUCAAAAAUGGCAGAUUCAACACCGAGCAAAAGUGAUAUUGAGGAAAUUUUCAAAAAAUUGCGAGCCAUUCCAACAAAUAAGACAUGCUUCGAUUGCAAUGCAAAAAAUCCAGCAUGGGCCAGUGUGACAUAUGGUAUUUUCCUUUGUAUCGACUGCUCUGCAGUCCAUCGAGGACUGGGUGUUCAUUUAACAUUUGUGCGAUCCACUCAACUUGAUACAAAUUGGACAUGGACACAACUAAGAAAUAUGCAGCUUGGCGGAAAUGCAAAUGCUAGAAAAUUUUUUGCACAACACAAUUGUACAACAACUGAUGCACAGCAGAAGUACAAUUCACGUGCUGCCAUGCAGUAUAGAGAAAAGUUGGCACAAGCAUCUACCCAAGCAAUGCGACAUUAUGGAACUAAGGUUUUUCUUCCUUCUCCAAAAAAUAAAAUAAUGUUGCAUUUAGAUGAAAAUCCAGCUUCAAUGUUAGAGGAACAUAAUGAAAUUGACUUCUUUAAAGAGCACGAAAAUUUUGAUUUAAAUUCAAAUGAGUCUUCAACGUUUAUAGAAGAAAAUUCAGUGUCUGUUACUAAUUCUGUGUCAGCGAACGAUAAUAUAGAAAAAGAUAAUCAAAAAGUUGUACCAGAAAUAGGAUCAAAUUCCUUGGGACCCACAGUUAAAUUAUCUGACUCUACAUCAAGUUCAAUACCAGAAAGGAAGUCAACUAUAGGAGUUAGAAAAGCUCAGAUAAAAAAACCUGGUUUAGGAAAGAAAACUGGAGGGUUGGGUGCUCAGAGAGUAAAAACAAAUUUCGAUGAGUUAGAAAAAAGUGUGGCUGAAGCUAGUAAAGAAUCACAAGUAAAGGAUCAGCAGGAAACUACAAAUAAAGAAGAACAAGAAGAAAUUUCCACUCGUCUUGCUUAUCAAUAUGAACAGAAUUUGAAUGAACAUGCUAAAAAAGUAGAGGAAAGAGCAAAACAUUUAGAUCCAACCAAAGCAACACAAGCAGAGCGUCUUGGUAUGGGAUUCAACACACGAAGUGGUGCCAGCCAUUCUGCACUUGCUGAUAUGCAGACAAUAACACAGGAGUCGUCGUCGAAGACUGUAACCACUUCCGAGUCGCGAACUCUUGAUGUGGAACGAAGUCUUUUCAUUAGUUUAGAUGAAUUUUACGAGGCCUUAUCAGUCCCAUAUAUUAGCAAUAAUAGUAAAAAAUCUCGAAGCGAAGAAGUUGUUGUAAUAGCAGAACCAGAACCACCGAAACGAGUAGGUCCUUCAAACCGACCAAAUAGUAUUAAAAACGAUAAUAAAACAACAACUCCGGAAUCGGAAGCGCAAAGAAAAUUCGGUAGUGCCAAGGCUAUUAGUUCGGAUCAAUAUUUCCAAGACAGCAAAGAUGAUGGUUCUUGGGAACGUAAAGCUAAUUUACGUCGUUUCGAAGGCUCAUCUAGCAUUUCAUCGGCUGAUUAUUUUGGCACAGGAAGUUCUACAUCAACAUCUCCUACGUCUUCUUUGUCAAUGCGUUUCAGCGAUGGAAGAUCCGGGGUUGUGGACUUUGAUGAUGUAAGAGAAAGUGUACGUCAAGGAGUGAACAAGGUCGCGGAUAAAAUAAGCUCUCUAGCUAAUGCGGCUGUUUCUUCACUACAGGAUCGCUGUGGAAUUUGAAUAACAACCUACUACAUUUUACUAAUAUUGUUAUUAAACUUAUAUUUGGACAUUUCUGGUCCACUGUUCGAAAUUGUAAAUAAAAGCUUAUAAUUCAGCUUA